CCCUCAAUCCUUGCUCAAAGGCAGAUGCCUUUUUGGUUGCAAAAUAAACCAAAAAAGACCAAGCCCAAAUUCAUUUCACUGAAAAAGUAUUUCCACCAUUACAUUUGGAGGAAAAUAAUUAUCAGUGCUACAUAAUAGUGAUUAAACAAAAGGACACAGAAAAAGAGGAAAAAUAAAAGAAAGAGACAGACAGAUAUGGUAUAUAGCUGAUAUAAAAAGAGAGAGUGUGUGUGUGUGUGAGGAAGCUUGGUUGGUGUUUAUUUGUGGGGAGAUGUCUGGUGGGUGUAGCAUAGUCUGGUUCAGGAGAGAUCUGAGGGUAGAGGAUAAUCCAGCACUUGCAGCUGGUGUAAGAGCUGGUGCUGUUGUUGCAGUGUUUAUAUGGGCACCUGAAGAAGAAGGCCAUUAUUACCCUGGUAGGGUCUCAAGGUGGUGGCUCAAGCAAAGUUUGGCUCAUUUAGGCUCUUCUUUGAGGAGCCUUGGAACUACCCUUGUCACCAAGAGAUCUACUGAUAGUGUUUCUGCUCUGCUUGAGGUUGUCAAAUCUACUGGUGCUACCCAGCUCUUCUUCAACCACUUAUAUGACCCCUUGUCACUGGUUAGGGAUCACCGGGCAAAGGAGCUUUUGACUGCUCAAGGAGUAGCUGUGAGAUCCUUUAAUGCAGAUUUGCUUUAUGAACCGUGGGAAGUUAAUGAUGCACAGGGAAGCCCUUUCACGACUUUUGGUGAAUUCUGGGAAAGAUGCCUUAGCAUGCCUUACGAUCCAGAGGCUCCACUUCUCCCACCCAAAAGGAUUAUUUCAGGUGAUAUAUCAAGAUGUCCGUCUAACUUAUUGAUAUUUGAAGAUGAAUCAGAGAAGGGAAGCAAUGCGCUGCUUGCUCGAGCAUGGUCACCUGGGUGGAGCAAUGCUGAUAAGGCUUUGAUGACAUUCAUCAAUGGACCACUAAUUGAGUACUCUAAGAAUCGUAGGAAGGCUGACAGUGCUACAACCUCCUUUCUCUCUCCCCAUUUGCAUUUUGGGGAGGUUAGUGUCAGAAAGGUUUUUCACCUUGUUCGCAUGAAGCAGGUUCUUUGGGCAAAUGAUGGGAACAAGGCUGGUGAAGAGAGUGUAAACUUGUUUCUUAAGUCAAUUGGUUUGAGGGAAUAUUCAAGAUACCUGAGUUUUAACCAUCCUUACAGUCAUGAACGUCCUCUUCUUGGGCACCUUAAAUUUUUCCCUUGGGUUGUAGAUGAAGGCUAUUUUAAAGCUUGGAGACAAGGAAGAACUGGUUACCCAUUAGUUGAUGCAGGAAUGAGAGAGUUGUGGGCCACUGGCUGGCUGCAUGAUCGAAUAAGAUUAGUAGUUUCUAGUUUCUUUGUGAAGGUUCUACAGCUUCCUUGGAGGUGGGGAAUGAAGUAUUUCUGGGAUACCCUCUUGGAUGCUGAUUUAGAAAGUGAUGCACUUGGUUGGCAGUACAUAUCUGGUACUCUUCCUGAUGGUCGAGAGUUUGAUCGCAUAGAUAAUCCGCAGUUUGAGGGUUACAAAUUUGAUCCAAAUGGAGAAUAUGUACGAAGGUGGCUUCCAGAACUUGCCAGACUACCUACUGAAUGGAUACACCAUCCAUGGAAUGCACCUGAAUCUGUACUCCAAGCUGCCGGAAUUGAGCUCGGAUCAAAUUAUCCUCUCCCAGUAGUAUGGAUAGAUGCUGCUAAAGUUAGGUUGCAAGAAGCGCUUUCAGAAAUGUGGCAGCAAGAAGCGGCUUCAAGAGCUGCCAUUGAGAAUGGAACAGAGGAAGGGCUUGGAGACUCAUCUGAAUCAGCCUUAAUUGCAUUCCCUCAAGAUAUACUAAUGGAAGAAAGACAUGAACCUGUAAGAAAUAACCUUCCUUCCACAAUCCGGCGUUAUGAGGAUCAGAUGGUCCCAAGCAUCACUACUUCCUUGCUAAGAGUUGAAGAGGAAGAAACUUCUUCAGAUCUUCGGAAUGUAACAGAAGAUACCAGAGCAGAGGUGCCAAGAAAUGUAAAUAUCAAUCAAGAACAAAGAAGAGACAACUUAAACCUGGGGGCUGCACAAACUAUCCGCGAAAACAAUUUGGCACAUUUUAGUGUUGUCAGAAGUCUAGGUAUUGAAGAUUCAACAGAAGAAUCUUCAAGUAGUAGUAGGAGAGAGAGAGAUGGAGGCAUAGUUCCAGUGUGGUCCCCUCCAUCUGCUAGUUACUCAGAGCAGUUUGCUGGUGAUGAAAAUGGAAUUGGAACAAGUCCUUAUUUGCAGAGGCAUCCACAGUCCCACCAGAUACUGAAUUGGAGGCGGCUGUCUCAGACUGGGUAAGAAGUAGAAAAGACUGGAAAGACUAAAAAUGUCCAACUCCUUACUGUGAUUGUCAUGAUUGCAGUUCAUACUUUGUCCUACAGUCGGUGUUAUAGUUGUCUGCAAGUUCUUUUUGCUUGAUGAUUGAAGGUUCAAGGUCUGAAGAAAUUAUACUUGACCCAGGAAUUCUUACAACCUUAGAUCUCACAGCCGGACUCGUAAAGAAUCGCUGUCAAGUCCAUGAAACAAAAUAUGGGGACUAAUAAGUGAAUCAGAGUGGAGUUGUGAUAAUUUCAGGAUGAGUAGUAUUAACUAUUCCUGACUCCGAAUCUUUCUCUUGUCAACAGGUAAAAAAAACAUAUAUUCAUGGCGAGACAUGGUGCUAAGAGGUGAAGAAUGCAAUGGUGCUUAUCCUGCGAGUUAGUGGGUUGAUAAAACAAAAUACCACUUGUAUCAUUACCAAUCUAUGUUCUUGUCACCUAUUUAAUCUGAUCAAUGGAUGACCUUCGAUGUGUGCCAUGGUCCAAAAAGAUUCAGGCAGACCAUCUACCGUCCAUUUUCUGUACUACUUGUACCAUAAUACAUAGUUCUGCUGUAUAGUGUUUAUAAGCAAGGGAUGAGAGUGAUCGUCGGGAUUUGUAGUUCUCUAAUAAACCGAGGUUUGUGCUUUUCUAUUUAGUUGAUUAGGCAGAUGAUUUACUGUUAUUCAUUCUUGAUUC